AUGGUUAAAGCCGCCUAUCACAUUCAUGGGGGAAACCAAGCCUGGUUUUGGUCAGGCACACAAUACGCCAGAGUCACGUAUACACCUGGUGGUAGUGACGAAACAGUGGCCGGCCCCUCCAGAGUUCGAGACAAAUGGACCGCCCUCGCCAAUGAGGAUAUUGGUAGCGUUGAUGCCGUUUGUCCAGUACCAGGAAACGAAAAACGCCUAUAUGUCUUCUCUGGCUCCAACUACAUGAAAUUGGAACUUGAUACCGAGUCUCUUGUGACGACAGUGGAGACCGGACUCACACCAAUUACGAACGGCUGGCAAACCCUGGGAAGGGCAGGUUGGGAUAGAAUCGACGCGGCAAUGGUUGUUCCGAAGUCUGAGAAAAAUAUGUAUUUCUUUCGGGGAAGGAAUGGAUUGACGUGA